UAGCCCCGCCCCCGUCGCCAUUUUACUUGUUAUCUGUUUUGUGUAGGCAAUCUGAACAAUUAGUAGUUUUGGGGUUUUCAAAUUUCAAUUUGAUAUAAUUAAACUUUUUUGAAGCAGCCCUUCCUUUUGUGGAGGAGGAGGCGGGCGUGUUCCGUUUUGUGGGAGAUUUUUCUGAGGGAAAAUAGUGCAGACCCAGCCAUGUACAUUAAACAGGUCAUUAUUCAAGGAUUUCGAAGUUACAGGGAUCAAACUGUUGUCGAUCCAUUUAGCCCGAAGCACAAUGUCAUUGUGGGGCGAAAUGGAUCUGGGAAAAGUAACUUUUUCUAUGCCAUCCAGUUUGUGCUCAGUGACGAGUUCAGCCACCUUCGUCCUGAGCAGAGGCUUGCUCUGCUGCACGAAGGGACUGGCCCUCGUGUCAUCUCUGCUUUCGUGGAAAUCAUAUUUGACAACUCGGACAACAGGUUACCGAUCGACAAAGAAGAAGUGUCACUGCGUCGUGUAAUUGGAGCCAAAAAGGACCAGUACUUCCUGGAUAAGAAAAUGGUGACGAAAAAUGAUGUCAUGAAUCUCUUGGAAAGUGCCGGCUUUUCCCGCAGUAAUCCGUAUUACAUCGUGAAACAAGGAAAGAUCAACCAAAUGGCAACAGCCCCAGACUCUCAGCGUCUGAAGCUGCUGCGGGAGGUAGCAGGGACCCGAGUGUAUGAUGAACGCAAAGAGGAGAGCAUCUCCCUCAUGAAGGAGACAGAGGGGAAGAGGGAAAAAAUCAACGAGCUGCUGAAGUAUAUCGAGGAGCGUCUGCAUACUCUGGAGGAUGAGAAGGAGGAGCUGGCUCAGUACCAGAAAUGGGACAAGAUGCGGAGGGCCCUGGAGUACACCAUCUAUAACCAGGAGCUGAACGAGACUCGCGCCAAGCUGGACGAGCUGUCCACCAAGAGGGAGACCUGUGGGGACAAAUCGAGGCAGCUGCGUGAUGCCCAGCAGGAUGCUCGGGACAAAGUGGAGGAGACGGAACGUUUGGUCCGGGAGCUGAAGUCCAAGAUCUCCGCCAUGAAGGAGGAGAAGGAGCAGCUGAGUGCGGAGAGGCAGGAGCAGAUCAAGCAGCGGACCAAACUGGAGCUGAAGGCCAAAGACCUGCAGGACGAGCUGGCGGGCAACAGCGAACAGAGGAAACGACUGCUCAAGGAGCGUCAGAAGCUGCUGGAGAAGAUAGAGGAGAAACAGAAGGAGCUGCAGGAGACGGAGCCCAAGUUCAACACGGUGAAAGAGCGGGAGGAGAGAGGCAUCGCCAGGUUGGCCCAGGCCACACAGGAAAGGACGGACCUGUAUGCCAAGCAGGGCCGUGGCAGUCAGUUCACCUCCAAGGAGGAGAGGGACAAGUGGAUCAAGAAGGAGCUGAAAUCCCUGGACCAGGCCAUCAAUGACAAGAAACGGCAGAUAGCCGCCAUCCACAAGGACCUGGAGGACACUGAGGCCAACAAGGAGAGGAACCUGGAGCAGUACACUAAACUGGAUCAGGAUUUAAACGAGGUGAAGACUCGUGUUGAAGAACUGGACAGGAAGUAUUAUGAGGUGAAGAACAAAAAGGAUGAGCUUCAGAGCGAGAGAAACUACCUGUGGAGGGAGGAGAAUGCGGAGCAGCAGGCCUUGGCAGCCAAGAGGGAGGACUUGGAGAAGAAGCAGCAGCUUUUGCGGGCGGCCACGGGAAAGGCCAUUCUUAACGGCAUUGACAGCAUUAACAAGGUGCUGGAGCACUUCCGUAGGAAGGGCAUCAACCAGCACGUCAUUAACGGUUACCAUGGCAUCGUGAUGAACAAUUUUGAGUGCGAGCCUGCUUUCUACACUUGUGUCGAAGUGACUGCUGGCACCAGGCUGUUUUACCACAUUGUGGAAACUGAUGAGGUCAGCACCAAAAUCCUGAUGGAGUUUAACAAAAUGAAUCUUCCUGGGGAAGUGACCUUCCUUCCUCUCAGCAAACUGGACGUCAGAGACACGGCCUACCCAGAGACCAACGAUGCAAUCCCGAUGAUCAGCAAGUUGCGGUACAAUCCCAAAUUUGACAAGGCUUUUAAGCAUGUUUUUGGGAAAACCCUGAUUUGCCGGAGCAUGGAAGUUUCCACUCAGCUGGCCAGGGCUUUCACCAUGGACUGCAUCACGCUGGAAGGUGACCAGGUGAGCCAUCGGGGGGCUCUCACAGGGGGGUACUAUGACACCAGGAAGUCCCGACUGGAGCUGCAGAAGGACAUGAGGAAGGCUGAGGAGGAGCUGGGCGAACUGGAGGCCAAGCUGAACGAGAACCUGCGGCGCAACAUCGAACGCAUCAACAAUGAGAUUGAUCAGCUGAUGAACCAGAUGCAGCAGAUCGAGACCCAGCAGAGGAAGUUCAAGGCCUCGCGGGACAGUAUCCUGUCCGAGAUGAAGAUGCUGAAGGAGAAGAGGCAGCAGUCGGAGAAAACCUUCAUGCCCAAGCAACGGAGCUUGCAGAGCCUGGAGGCAAGCCUUCACGCCAUGGAGUCGACGCGCGAGUCCCUGAAAGCGGAGCUGGGGACAGAUCUGCUGGCUCAGCUCAGUUUGGAAGACCAGCGGCGAGUGGAUGACCUCAAUGAUGAGAUCCGGCAGCUGCAGCAGGACAACAGGCAGCUGCUGAACGAGAGAAUCAAGCUAGAGGGGAUCAUGACCAGAGUGGAGACGUACCUGAACGAGAACCUCAGGAAGCGUUUGGACCAAGUGGAACAGGAGCUGAAUGAGCUCAGGGAGACGGAGGGAGGGACAGUUCUCACCGCUACUACGUCAGAGCUGGACGGGAUCAACAAACGCAUUAAGGACACCAUGGCGCGUUCAGAAGAUCUGGAUGGACUCAUUGACAAGAUGGAAAUUGAGGUGAAAGAUCAUAUGAAGAGCAUGGAUCGCUGGAAGAACAUCGAGAAGGAGCAGAACGACGCCAUUAACCACGACACAAAGGAGCUGGAGAAGAUGACCAACCGGCAGGGGAUGUUGCUCAAGAAGAAGGAGGAGUGCAUGAAGAAGAUCCGGGAGCUGGGCUCACUGCCGCAGGAGGCCUUUGAGAAGUACCAGACGCUCACGCUCAAACAGCUGUUCCGAAAGCUAGAGCAGUGCAAUACGGAGCUGAAGAAGUACAGCCACGUGAACAAGAAGGCCCUGGACCAGUUCGUGAACUUCUCAGAGCAAAAAGAGAAGCUGAUCAAGAGGCAGGAUGAGCUGGACAGAGGCUAUAAGUCCAUCAUGGAGCUGAUGAACGUUCUAGAGCUACGGAAGUAUGAAGCCAUACAGCUGACCUUCAAACAGGUGUCAAAGAACUUCAGUGAGGUCUUUCAGAAGCUUGUACCCGGGGGCAAGGCCACCCUGGUGAUGAAGAAAGGGGAUGCCGAGGGGAACCAAUCACAAGAUGAGGGGGAGGGCGGUGCGGAGAGCGAGAGGGGUUCGGGGUCCCAGAGCAGCGUUCCCUCUGUCGACCAGUUCACUGGAGUGGGAAUUAGGGUGUCCUUCACGGGGAAGCAAGGUGAGAUGCGAGAGAUGCAGCAGCUAUCAGGAGGACAGAAAUCCCUGGUGGCUCUCGCCCUCAUCUUCGCCAUUCAGAAAUGCGACCCGGCGCCCUUCUACCUGUUUGAUGAAAUCGACCAGGCCCUGGAUGCUCAACACAGGAAGGCCGUGUCUGAUAUGAUUGUGGAGCUGGCUGGACAUGCGCAGUUCAUCACGACGACCUUCAGGCCUGAGCUUCUGGAGUCGGCGGACAAGUUCUACGGGGUGAAAUUCCGGAACAAGGUGAGUCACAUUGAUGUGAUAUCAGCGGAGCAGGCUAAAGACUUCGUGGAGGAUGACACCACGCACGGAUGAGCAGAAGCGCCCCCCCUCUGUCUUGCAUGCACUGUUACCAGCUUUCCGGCUUUCUGUACUACUGUUUCCGCUAUCUGGCACACUCCCUCUAUACGUCUUCAGUAAUUGUUUUCUUUCAGUACUCAGCUGAAGAAAAAAACUGGGUAAUGACUAAAUCCUAAACCACAAAUUAGUGGUGGUAGGUUGAUUAAAUACCAGGUGGUAAAUUUGUACCUAAGAAUUGCCUACGGAAUUGAACACAGCAGUCUGUUAAAGGAAAAAGUUGUAUGUUCAUUUCAUAUUUACGCCCAACUUAUACCUUUUGUUUAUCUUUUUUUUUAUAUAUAUAUAUAUAUGGAAUUGUAUAUCUUGCUGUUUUGAAUGUUCUAGGUGUUUCAGUGCAGAGCAGAAAUAGAACAGGCUGUAGACUUUGUUCCAGAGGUUACGCACCCCAUGCCAUUGCCUGAAUUAGGGUGGAAGAGGCCUCACCUAAAACAAGCCAGUAAUAACCUGAAGUAUUCUUAGAGGGCACUAUCUGGGUAAAUGACUUGGCCCAUUACUGUGCGACUGGUGUAUUUUAACACGGUACACCACAUAAGCUGGGCGGAGGAGUCUCCUCCGAUUGCUUUCAUUUCCUUCUGACCUCCCUUAAAGCUGUAGCUGUCGCCAACAUUUUAAACUGGCCUGCAUGUUCAGGAUUGAUUUGCGGUUUUAAAUUAAUUGCCACCUCCCAUUUUUAUUAAUUUCUUAUAAAUAACCUUCUAGUGCAUUUCCUGGUUUCUGUCUGUUUUGCUGAUGUUUCUAUUUUCUUGUUUUGUAUUUUACUGUCUGCUCUUUGCAGUUUUAGGUAACAAGAACAUAACUGGUUAUAGCACAGCAUCUUCUCGUACGUUGUUUUUUUCUUAUGUUGUUAGAAUAAAAACAAACUCAACUUUAAAAGA